AAGAAUCAAUCUAAUCAAAUAACACUUUCACAAGACGAUUUCAAAAAAAUUAUAGUAGGUUUGAAAGGAACUAUCACUAAAGGACAGCAAACUUUGAAGAAACCUCCUGAAUUAGAAAAACAAAAAGCUAAUGAAUUUGCUAUGAACCAUUUUUUAAAUAGUGUUUUUAAUAAUACAAAUUUACAAGAAGAAGCUUAUGACUAUGAUCCCAUUGAAGAAAUGAGACAAUAA